ACAUAGUCUUCCCUCCUCCCUGAUUAGGGUUUUUAGUUCUCUAUUCUUUCUAUCUGACUGAGAUUUCAGAGUGUAAAAAUGAAGACAAUUCUCUCGUCGGAAACCAUGGAUAUACCGGAUGGAGUGAAGAUCAAGGUGAAGGCAAAAAUGAUCGAAGUGGAAGGUCCUCGGGGCAAGUUGACCCGGAAUUUCAAGCAUUUGAAUCUGGAUUUCCAGUUGAUUAGCGAUGAGGCUACUGGUAAGAGGCAAUUGAAGGUCGAUGCCUGGUUCGGGUCCAGGAAGACUUCCGCCGCCAUCCGCACGGCGCUCAGCCACGUUGAUAAUCUGAUAACCGGUGUUACUAAGGGAUACCGUUACAAGAUGCGGUUUGUGUAUGCUCACUUUCCGAUCAAUGCUUCGAUCACUAAUGGCAGCAAGUCCAUUGAGAUCCGUAACUUCCUUGGCGAGAAAAAGGUGAGGAAGGUGGAUAUGCUUGAAGGGGUUUCAAUCGUCCGUUCUGAGAAGGUUAAGGAUGAAUUGGUUUUGGAUGGGAAUGACAUUGAGCUUGUUUCUCGAUCUUGUGCUUUGAUAAACCAGAAAUGCCAUGUCAAGAACAAGGAUAUCCGGAAGUUCCUUGAUGGUAUCUAUGUUAGUGAGAAGGCAACCAUCGUUGAGGAAGAAUGAGUAGUUAAGUUGUAGGAAUAUAUCCAUUGAUGGUUUCAUUCUGGCCUUCAUCACCAGGUUUAUGUGGAGAAUUCUUGUAGACAUGCUUGGAAUUUUGAUUUUACAAUUUUGUACUAUGAAAUUUCAAGUUGAAAGUAUCUUGGUUGGUUAUGGAUAUAAUUUUCCAGUUAAAUCAAUUUACUUCUUGUUCUGGGCA